AUGACUUCCACUUCUGUAAAAAUUCGUCCUUUGAGCGAAAAAGAAACAAUCCAAGGUUGUACCGAGUGCUUAACACUUAUCCCUGAUGCCCCGCAGCAGAUUCUCAUCGGUACCGACCGCUCAUUCACUUUUGACUACGUUUUUCCUUCGGAUACCGAACAAGAUGAAGUUUUUCAAGAUUGUGCUAUAUCUCUUCUUGACAAAUUUGUUGAAGGUCAAACUGGUAGUGGUAAAACAUAUAGUAUGGGUACAGCCCUUGAUGGCUCAAAUUCAUCACCUGAACACAUAGGUGAAUCCACGGGUAUGGUCCCACGUUCAAUACAUCGUCUAUUCGAAGACCUUAAUAAUCGAAAAUCAAAAAAUCCUUCCUAUCAAUUUGAGGUCUUUGUGACUUUUCUAGAAUUAUAUAAUGAAGAUCUAGUGGAUUUAUUAAAUCCACAAAAUCGCGAAAAUGUUAAAAAAGGAAAAAAUGAUUUAAUGAUAAGAGAAGAUUCAAAUGGUCAGAUUUAUUGGGCUGGUGUUAAAGAAAUUCCCGUAAACUCUCCAAAAGAACUCUUGGAAGUUGAAAAUAUUGAUGAUGAUAAAGAAAAUUGCGUUCUAGCCUCUGAAACAACUUCAAAAAAGAAAAAACCUAAAACUUUAACUUCUAAAAUAACGUCAAAGUUUCACUUUGUAGAUUUGGCCGGUUCUGAAAGACUAAAAAGAACUAAUGCUGUGGGUGAUCGCGCAAAAGAAGGUAUAGCAAUCAAUGGUGGUCUUUUGGCUCUAGGAAAUGUUAUCAGCGCUCUUGGUGAUGAAUCACGGAAGGCUACUCAUGUUCCGUACAGAGAUUCAAAAUUGACAAGAUUAUUACAGGAUUCUCUUGGUGGUAACAGUCAAACAUUAAUGCUUGCAUGCGUUUCUCCGGCUGACUCAAACUUUAUGGAAACGCUUAAUACAUUAAAAUAUGCUAAUCGUGCUCGUAAUAUCAAAAAUAAAGUCACUGUUAACGAGUCUUAUGGUGGAAAUUCCGUAGAGAUUAAUCAAUUACGAAGUCAAAUUGCUCAAUUAAAGAUGGAAAUUCAAACUUUACGUUCUGGUGGUAUAGAUGAAAAUAAUGCUCGUAAAUUUGAAGAAGAAAUAACUCAUCUUCGUGGUGAAUUAGGUCUUACAAAAAUGAGACUUCAAACUACUGAACGUGAACUUGUAAUGUCUAACACCGAAAAGAACACUUUAUUAAUGGAAAUUGGUUUUAAUGACCAAGAUCUUUCGGAUGCUGAUCGUGCUCAUAAAAUGAAAACUCAUCACAUUAUUCAAGCUUAUGAGCAAAAAAUCCUUGAUUAUAAAAGUCAGGUGGCUGAUCUUCAAGCUCAAACUCAAUCACAUGCUUUUAUGAAUCCUCAUAAAUCUUCUUUUGCCGGUUCGAAUCCUGGUCGGGAAAAAGGUUUACAUAUAAAGUUCCCUGAUGACGCUCACUUAAACUCUUCGGAUGAUGAAGCUCAAAAUGCUGAAAAGAAAUUUAGAAAAAGACGUUCAAAAAAACAAAAAGCUAGAGCCGAAGGUCAUUUCCAAAUUUCGAAUGAUGCUUCUGUAAAUCCUGAAUCUUCAUCUUAUCAUGAAUAUCCUAAUUCCGUAAAACCUGCAAAUUUGGAAGAGGCCAAGUCCAUGUUUUCUCAUUACGAUGAGCAUUAUAUUCAUGAAGACGACGCAAAUGAUUACGAAAUUCAUGAAAGACGUAAUAGUACUGAUGGUGGUGAAAGUGAUAAUUCAACAAGAUCUAGUAGAGGUUUGAGAAGACGUAGUGCUAAAGCCAUUGAGAAAGCCAAGGAACAAAUAAAGCAAGGUUUCUUGCUUCUUAAGAAUGGUGGUUCUUUGAAUGAUGAUCCACUAGUGAGUCAACUUACAAAGACUCCUUCUUCUACAAAAAGUGAAAGUUACAUUGAUCAAAUGAUGGCAAAUCACGCCAAUAAUAAAGAAAAAAGAAGAUCGAGUAGUGUUUCAUUUAGUGAAAUUCAAACCCUUGAAGUUCCACAAUGGCAAGAAUCUAAUCCUCCACCACAACCUUCAACUCGUCGUACUUCAAAUUCUAGUCGUUCUGUUAGUUUUUCUGAUCAACCAAUUUCACCUGGAUCCACAAAAUCUUCUCAAAAUAGUUAUGGUUUGAACACACAACAAAAUGCUCUCACUCUUACUCGUAUGUUGCAUCAAAUUCAAGCUGAUAUUGCUGUCAAAGAACAACUUGUAACUCAACUCGAACGUGCUGAACAAGAAUUCACUUACAUGAGAGCUGAAUAUGAACAAAGAUUGGCUCAUAUGCAAGAAACUUUGAUUACAUUACAACGUGAACGUGAUGCUGCUCUUAAACGCGCUGCAAAUGCUGGUACUGGUGUUAGUACUCGUGACAAGAAUUCUAUACUUGCCGAACUUAAAGCUCGUUAUGAACAUAAAAUGAAACGUCUUAUUCAAGAAAUUGGUGAACUUCGUCGCAAAUAUAAUGAUGCUACUCAAUCAAAUGCUGCCACAAAAAAUCAAAAUGAAGUAGCACUUAAAAGUAUGCGUGCUCAAAUCGAACAGCUUAAAGGUGAAAAACUACGUAUGGUUAAACUCAUGAAAGAAAGAAAUGAUCGUGUUCGUGAAAUGACUGAACGAACUCAACGUGAACUUCAAAACUUGCGACGAAAAGAAAAAUCUGCUCAAGAACAAAAGAAACGUCUUGAAAGAACUAGUGAAAUGCAAAAAUUAAUGCUUGAAAAAAGGCAAAAGGAAGUUUUACAAACUGCUGGAAAACUUAAAUCAGUCAUGACUCUUCUUAAACGAACUUCAACUCCAAAAUCAAUUGCCAAAGCAUUCCGUAAAAAUCGUAAGUCGACAGCUGAUUCACCUUCAAGGCGUACUUCUGAUGACAUAAGUAACAUUCAUGAUGAUGUUUAUGCAAGUGGUUAUGAGAAAAAGAAACUUUUAGAUGAUGCUAUUAACAAAUAUAUUACUGGUCGACAACAAUUGUCAUUACUUGAUGAACUAUUUAAUAAACGUGAUAAUUUACACAAAGAAAAACAAGAACUUCUUGAAAGACGUGAAAAAAUUAUAUCUAAUUCAGCAUAUGAAUUUACUUCGGAUGCACAAGAUUUAGAUGAUAGAAUUGGAAUGAUUACUUCGGAAAUAACAUAUAUUAGUGCUAGGAUCCGUGCGUUACAAUCAGAAGCGGCUAGAAAUGUGGCAACUGAACAAUCGGAAAAUGAUAUACAUCAAGAAACUCAAGAACAAGCUGGUGAUAAUAGCAAAGAUUCCGAUGAUAAAGGUCGUAGGAAUAGCAAGUCAGGGAAAGCAGAAAAAAGAAUUUCAUUUUCUUUACCUGAUAAUCCAAGUCCUGAAGCAUCCUAUGACGUAGCUGUUACAAUCCUACGAAAUUUAGAUUCAUUUGAAUCUCAAACAAUUCUUGAAUCAUUUUUCGAAGAUAUAGUUAAACUACGUACUGGUGAAUGGUCAAAACAAAUGACAGUAGCUCAUCAAGAGAAGACGAUAAUGGAUUUAAACAAAUCUUUAUUAGCAAUGCGUAGGGCUGCGGUCAUGGCCACGGCCGAAUAUGAAAGAAGAAACAAAGAACUUGAAGAACUAUUACGCCGUAAUAAUUAUCAUGGUAAUCAAGAUGAAAGAUCACCAAGCCCAAUAACGGCAGAAAAUAAAGAGUUACGUCUUGUAGGCAUUGAAGAUGAUGCUAACAAUUCACUUUCGUGGUUCGAUCGUAUCUACGAAACUGCUUUAGCACAAGUGGAAGCAGCUAUAUCCGCAAAAGGUACUCCAAUACAAGAAAAUGUAUCACUUUCAAGAAGAAAUUCUUCACAUAGCACAAUACAAGAAAAUAUAUCACUUUCAAGAAGAAAUUCUUCACAUAGUAAUGGUUCUUCUUCAAAGAGAAAUUCAUACUGUGGAUCUUCUUCAAAUGCACCGGUACAUAGCAAUGAAUCCUCUUCAAAGAGGAAUUCAUACUGUGGACCUUCUUCAAACCCACCACCACGUUUGAAUACAAAUUUCUCACGACCUCCGUUACCAUCUGAUUGGUUCCAAAAGGGAACGGAAGUAGAAACACCUAUUGAAUCUCCAGGAGCUUCUUCUAGAACAAUGAAACGUGUUGAUAGUACUGGUAGCAAUAAUAAAGGAUCACGUGAUAGUGGUUAUUUCAGUGGCAUCGACAAAAGAAGAUCACAGAGUAGCAUGGCUCACCGGGACUCUUCUCAUAUGCGACAAAGUUCAUAUGGACGUAGUUCACCAGACAGUGAUGACAACGCGAGUGUUACUAGUGAACGUCGACUAUCGAUUUCACAUCAUUCGCAUGUGAGAUCAGUGACACCAGAAGGCGGUAAUGUUUAUGAUCGAUUAUCACGGAGUCAUACACAAUCAAGUUCAGCAAAGAAUACACCGACCAGAAGAUUAAUGCGACAUGUAAAACAAAAUAGUGGUGGCGUUAAUAGUGCAUUAGCAGCACUUGAAGGACGACGAAACGAAUAUGAAACAACAACUGAACCAUUGACUGCAUCUAAUUAA